AUGAUCGUGCACAUGGUGUUUGAGGAGACUGUGGAAGCGGGCACAAGCAAUGACACCGCUCCAACGGCCGUCGAGAGGGUGGAAAGCGUGUACUACUUGUCUUCGGCGAAUGCGACGGAAUCGGUGACGGUUGACGACCUGCCAGAGACCGGGCUCUCCUGGGAAGUGCUGCCGGCAACAGGAGCGGCGACGGCAGAAUUCCAUGAGGGCGAACGCACCGUGCGCGUGCGAGCCCGCGCUCACGCAGCACACGUCACGCUCAGGCUGGACCAGCCACAGCCGAAGCCGCAGCAACACGAGCAACGACGAGAGCACGCGGCAUCCGCCGCCACGGCCACGGGCAUGGAGCAUCCGCCGCAGCCACAGCCGCCGCACGGAGGACACCCGCGGCAGCAGGAAGUACCGCCCUUGUCGUCGGCACAGCAGUUGCCGCGGUUCCACGCGAACGACGGAGGUUUUCACGUGUUCCCAUGUCGCUCCCACGAUCUACAGGUACGCUACCGCGGGAAUAGCCAAGACCUCGAAGGUGGCUCGUCGGGGAUCAAGGCAGAAUCGCUGAGGGAGUUGCUGGCGGCAAUCGAGGCUGGAAAGGGAGACCAGCCGGGAGGCUCGCACAUGGGCCGGGUGUAG